AUGGCGAUAUCGUGGAAGUCGUUUGACUUCUUUGACGUCACCCAGGUCCGGCUCGCCGACGACGAAACACGACAAGCCUUUGAGAGCAAUGAGAUAUCGUGCGUGACCUCGGGGUCGGAGAGCGUCUUCCUCGGUUCCUACGACGGCUACGUCCGCAUCGUCAACAAUAAUUGGAAGGUCGUCCAGAGCUUCCAGGCCCACGAUGUCGGCGCCAUUACCAACAUGCGCCAGGUCGAGGGAACGAGCCUCCUGGUGACUGUAGCUGAGGAUCUAAGCAGCCCACCGUCGCUCAAAGUCUGGGCGCUGGACAAGCUCGUGAAGAAGACGAACAUGCCGACAUGUUUAACCACCCUCGCCAUCAAUAACGGGAAGCAACAGUUUCCGAUCUCCGCAUUUGCUGCCAUCCACGACCUUACGCAGAUCGCAGUCGGGUUUGCCAACGGUUCGGUCAUCGUGAUACGGGGAGACUUGGUCAACAACAUGGAAGCGAAGCAGCGGGCGGUAUACGAAUCCGAGGAACCCAUCACCGGCAUAGAGCUCUCGUACUCGACCGAAUCGAAAGAGACGACCCUCUUCAUCGCGACGACGAGCCGCAUCAUGCGCGUGAUAGUGUCGAGAAGGGGCCAGGGCUCGCCACCCAAGACCGUGGAAGAGAUGGGCUGCGGUGUGGGUUGCAUGACCACGGACAGGAACAGCGGCGAGAUCGUGGUGGCGAGAGAGGACGCCAUCUACUACUACACGAUGGACGGGCGCGGCCCGCCGCGGGCGUACGAGUCGCCCAAGAGCCAGGUCGCCGUGUACGGCGAUUACGUGGCCCUCGUGUGCCCCCGCGGACCAAUCGUCUAG